AUGAACCAUUGUGAAGCUGCGCAUGACUUGCUUAUGCAGAUAGUACGUGAACUGAAGAUUGACCUUGUGCUUAUAUCGGAGCCUUAUAAACAACUAACUGGCCUACCAUGGGAGACAGACAUCACCACAGCUGUAUAUGGUCUUGUGACAAGCCCCUUUCAGAGUGUCGUUAACAAUGUCAGCGCCGGCUUUGUAGCAGCACCAGUAGACGGCAUCCGCUUCUACAGCUGCUACGCACCACCUAGCCUCACCAUUGUUGAAUUCAUAGACUUCCUGGAUCGACUGACCAAGGACGCGAAGCAGUAUUACCCAGUUGCAAUAGCUGGGGACUUCAACGCCUGGGCAGUGGACUGGGGCAGCAAAUACACUAACGCACGAGGAAAAGCACAACUAGAGGCCUUUACUACACUAGAUGUGGUACUGCUCAACAGUGGUGACAUGCCGACCUACACCAAAGGCGACGCAAGCUCGAUUGUAGAUCUCACCUUUGUCAGCAGCAGUAUUGCCAGAAAAAAUUGCGACUGGAGAGUGUUAAACAUCUACACUGCUAGCGAUCACAAUGCAAUUCUGUGGGAAACACCAAACCACAAGAGCCCUAGAAGGUCUAAUAACCAACUGAACACCAUCGGUUGGAAAGUGAAAUCCUUUGAUCCAAGUGCAUUGCUAGUAUCUCUAGACUCUGACCCGAUUAUCACUGGACCUGCAGAAGAUAAGACCAAAGAUCUGUUGACGAGACUGACCCGAGCUUGUGACGUCAGCAUGCCUCGUAAACGAGAUAAUAAUCAACGACCAUCGGUGCACUGGUGGAACGACCGAAUCAGUACGCUCCGGGCAAAGUGUCUUAAGAAAAGAAGAAUAUCUCAGCGUGGCUACCGACGACCUUACUCCGCAGAGCUGGUUGCAGAGUACAAACAGGCGCGUCGGAAUCUAAACAAAGCCAUCAAGGAAAGCAAAAGACGCUGCUGGACGGAACUCGUCGAAGAAGUGGAGAGGGACCCAUGGGGUAGACCGUAUAAGGUGGUCAUGACCCACCUGAAGAGCCAGCCAAUGCCAUCGCCAACGUGCCCACAACUCCUACUGAAGAUCGUAGCUGCGCUGUUUCCACGGCAACGUGAUUUUAUGUACUCAUCACUGCAGCCGAAUUCCGAAGACAUUCCACCUGUCACGAAGGAAGAACUGAUGGAGGCCAGCAACCGCGUCGGGAAUAAUAAAACGCCGGGAUUGGACGGAAUCCCUAAUAUCGCUUUAAACUUCACGUUCUCCUUCGGGCGUACAAUCAAAGCAUCCGGUUUCGUCCGUAUAGGUAUAUAUCUUAGUUUGCGGCCUUAA